GUGACUAAAAUUACCGGUUUUUGAAAUCACUAAUUAUAUCGUCAGCUUUGUGCAACUUAAUUCAUAAUUACCGCUUGUUAUAGUUAAUUGCCUACAAUACUAACAAGAUAAUAUAACGAAAUAAUUGCCGCUCAACAAAUUCCUUUUUUUACUUAAUUGAUCGUCGCGUUGACGCGCUCACAUUCGCACGUCAUUAUGACGUAGUCAGACAGCUUGUCAUCUAUCGUCUAAGAUAAAUGAAUGAAAUAUUAGAACUGAAAAUCAUUGCAGACAAAUUGAGGCAAGAAAUUUUCAUGGACACGUCUCUGUUAUUUAUAGACGUACUGUUUGAUUUGUAUACCGCGUGGCGUCGUAGCUUACCUACAUAAUCUACGGUCGUAGCUCGCGGAAUGUAUGUACAUCUUGCACUAUGUAGAGUAUUGUGACAUGACGUGAAACCGAGUGAAUUUGUGAUUAACAAACCAAAGUGCCCAAAGUUAUUUAUUAAGGAAGAUUAUUUAUUUACAAAUUUAUUUAUUUAUUUUAAUCAAAUUAAAUUAGAAUAAAAAACCGAAAAACCGGUAUUUAAAAAACAGUUCCGUCUCUAUAGUUCUAAAUUCAAAGUGAAGCGUUAAGAAAGAUGGCGACAAGUUGACAAAGUGGCCUACAUGCCGGUGGCGCUGGGCUCGCUCGGCGGCGAGGGCGAGUACCGCGAGUACCACCACCUCUCGCCGCACCCGCUGCAGUACCACGAGUAUGCGCCGCCGAUAUACCAUCCCGUGCCGGACCCUUACUACAGGCGGCACACUCCAUAUUUCGGACAACCGGAUUACAGAGUUUACGAACUCAACAAGCGGUUACAACAGAGGACAGAGGACUCAGACAACCUCUGGUGGGACGCGUUCGCGACGGAGUUCUUCGAGGACGACGCGACGCUAACGCUAACCUUCUGUUUAGAAGAUGGACCUAAGAGAUACACAAUAGGAAGGACGCUGAUACCGCGCUACUUCCGCAGUAUAUACGAGGGCGGAGUCUCAGAGUUGUACUACACGAUGCGGCAACCCAAGGAGUCCUUCCACAACACCAGCAUCACGCUGGACUGCGACCACUGUACGAUGGUCACGCACCACGGCAAACCCAUGUUCACUAAGGUGUGCACAGAAGGGCGGCUGAUCCUCGAGUUCACGUUCGACGACCUAAUGCGCAUCAAGUCCUGGCACAUGGCGGUCCGGGCACAUCGGGAGCUCAUCCCGCGGCAGGCCGUCCAUCCGCCGGACCAUGCCGCCCUAGACCAGCUCUCCAAGAACAUCACACGCCAGGGCAUCACCAACUCCACGCUCAACUACUUGAGGUUAUGCGUGAUAUUGGAGCCGAUGCAGGAGCUGAUGUCGCGGCACAAGGCGUACGCGCUGUCGCCGCGGGAUUGCCUCAAGACCACGCUCUUCCAGAAGUGGCAGCGGAUGGUCGCACCCCCUGAGUCGUCGCGGCCGGCGAGCAAGCGGCGCAAGCGCAAGGGCAGCGCGGGCGCCAACGCCGCGCCCCCCGCGCCCGCCAAGAAGCGCUCCCCCGGACCCAACUUCAGCCUCGCCUCGCAGGAUGUGAUGGUGGUGGGCGAGCCGUCGCUGAUGGGCGGCGAGUUCGGCGACGAGGACGAGCGCCUCAUCACGCGGCUCGAGAACACGCAGUACGAGGGCGACGCCGAGUGGAGCGCGCCGCCGCCCAACGAGCCCGCCAAGACGCCGCCCGGCAACCACUGACCGGGGCAACCGCCGCGCCCGCACGAGGGCAACCACUGACCAGGGCAACCAAGCUAGAGGGGGUUGCGAGCGACGUUGCCACGACAUGUCAAAAUUUACCAACUUUGCUGUUAUUAACGAUGGUCCGGUGUCACUAGAAGCACUUAAAAAACAUAUUGUUGACGACCAGAAAUCGAAUCUAUUGAAUUGGGUACUUUCCUCUACUUAAAAUAUUUUUUUUCACACUGUGCACGAAAUAAAACACCAGAUAAUUAUUAGAAAACAUUAAUAAUUUUUAACCAUAAAGUCUAUUUAUUAAAUCGGAUUAAAAAUAUUAAAAUAUAAAAAGUAGGUGAGUUGACCGACGUCACUACACGCGUUUUCAUAUAAAUUCCAUAUUAGCAAAUCGUUUUGACAGUUCUAAAAAAGAAGCUGAUUUGACUAGUAGGAAAGUAGCCAAAUUUAAUUUAUUUAAUAAUUUUGUGUCUUUUUAAAAUGAUCGCCCUACUAUAAUUGGUCAAACCAAUUUGUCAGUCGGUAAGAACCAGGAAAACUAUACGCAUCCUUUUCUUUUGAGACAAUCCCUCGACAAACUAUAUAUAUAUACAUAUAAACUGAUCUAUAUAGAGUUUGACCAAAAUAAAUAUGCAACAAUUUCGAUAACACACGUAGUGCAAGUUUUGUUUUAAAAAACGUCAAACUUCUAUGAAAUUUUGACGUAUAAAUAACACUUGCACUGCGUAGCUUAUCAAAAUGGCUGCAGACUUCUCUUUGUCUAAUUUCUAUACCAUUUAACGUCAAGGACGUGAUAUCACGUGACCAGCGUCCAAUUGGUUAACUUCAAGAUGGUAACACAGAACAAAUAAAGUAGAAACUUUCUAAAAGUUAACUAGUUGGGUAAGAACAAAUAAUUAAAAAAAAAACUGGUUUUUAAGUGCAUUGAGUUGCUACCGACCACAUUUAUAAAACUUACUACAGAUAGUGCAUAAUUGUUUUCCAUCGUAUUUCCUCGGAAACGUUCGUAUUUGUCAUGCUACUUCAGUCAACCUCAAGUCAGUACUUUUUACGAGACUGACUGAAAUAGCAAGACACGUUCGUACGUUUCCGUGAAAAUACGAUGGAAAAUAAUUAUGCACUACAUCUUUACUAUAGCUGGUCAAGCAAAUCUUGUCAGUAGAAAAAGGCGCGAAAUUCAAAUUUUCUAUGGGACGAUAUCCUUUCGCGCCUACAUUUUUCAAAUUUGCCGCCUUUUUCUACUGGCAAGAUCUGCUUGACCCAGUAAUGCCCAGUAUACGCUCAGAAGUUAUAAAUUUUGACAUAUCACUAUAAGUAGUCUGUAUCUUUAGGUAUUUAAUAAAAAAGUAAACAAACAAUUUGUAAAUUUUCGAGUAGUAUUAUUGGUUAACCGACCAAAUACAAAAUCGCCUGGAUCUGUCACUGAACGACCUGACUUUAACCUACAAUAUUAGAUCAUGUAAUAUUUUGUUUAAUUUUAUUUAAAUACCUAAAGAUACGGAGUAUAGCUAAAAUCGCACGGAAACAUCUCCUGGAUAACAGUUUCAAUUCAGGGUAAUAUUUAAUUUAUGACUACCUUCAGUUCACAAUAGAUUAAGAAUAGAAAUCUAAAAAGAAAAACAUUCAAUAGAUGUUUCCGAUGCGCUCGAAUCUAUGGCAAGAGAUGUGAAACGCGCUGUGGGUCUUGUCUCGAAAAGCGGUGGAAUAUCGCCUAUCCCUGUCUGACUGCAGCUGUGACUGAAUGAGUGAAAGGGAGAGUGUUUUCGAAUCGACCACAAGCCCGGUACGCGUCCUGUAAGGCGUCAGUGCUCCAGACUGUUUAUGAGCCCCUGGUACAUUGUAAUUUUUUGACUUACGAAACGCGGGCACACAUGGAUUAUUGUCAACAGAUAUAAAUAAAUAAAUAUAGGCCUUUACGGAUAAAAUAAGUUAA